UGCGACGAAGCAAAGCCAACCUGCCAGAGAUGCACCACGGCAGGCCGUCCAUGUAGCUACACGGCCAUCCCAAAAGGAAAAGCAUCGUCUACGCUACGGAUGGUGGUCUACCGCGCACCGGGAUCUCGAUCGUCUUUUCUGACAUCCGAGGAGGAAAGACAAUCAUUUGACUUCUUCCUCCAUCAAACGAGGUAUCGCUUUCCAGCUGGCUUCUCAGAUUCGGUAUUACAGGCUGCACAUAGUGAGGAAGCACUUGCGCGCGCCAUUAUCUCGUUUGGGGCCCUGCAGCAGGUCUAUGAGUAUAACGAUGACCCUUUUCUUGUCAGUCCGCUGGGUCAGUUGGCUAUGCAGGAGUAUGGGCGGGCAUUAAGGUAUGUGAGGAUUCGGCUUGGAAAUGGCGGGAGGGAUCUGGGGCUGGUUUGUUGUUUGCUUUUUGCUUGCUUCGAGUGUAUGAGGGGCUGUCCAAGGGCGGCGGUUGUUCAUAUUAAAUCUGGAUUGGAUAUACUGGGGCGGUGUGUAGAGGAGUUGGCGUGGAAUGUUGUAUCGCGAGAAACGAUGGUAUCCCUGUUUACGAGGUUGGAUAAUCAGUUGCUCGGGCUAUUGGGUACGUCGUUGCCUCGGACGCUGAAUCGGGAUGGCGAGCAAGGUUCGUCUAUCUUGGCGCGGAUUGAUAUCGGAUCUAAUGGUGGCAAUGUGGAGCGUUCCUUGGAUGGUGUGCUGAAUUCUAUUUUCCAUGAUCGGCUGAAUAUGGCGCUAAUCAUGGAGAAUCCUUCGACCUUUGUCCUUCCACUUGAUCAGGGACGGACGUUGAGGUAUUUGAAGGAGUGGUAUGAGAGGUUUGUGAAAGCAAUGCCCUCGCCAGGGCUAUCUGGUCAACCCGAAACAUCAUAUAUACACGAUGAGGAUCCGAACCUUAUGCGCAUUUGGUAUAUCAUUGGGAAGAUGUAUGUUGCUGUGCCUCCAGAUGGUCCAGAGUGUGUAUGGGAUCAGUUUCGGGCGGAAUUUAAGACGAUUAUUUCACUUGCGGAAGACUAUCUAUUACGCAUGAGGAAGUCUUCACAGAAGCGGACGUUUUCUUUUGAUCUCGGUAUCGUCUCGCCGUUGUAUAUUGUGGGAGUGCGGUGUAGGCACAUAAAUACUCGUCGUCGAGCGAUCUGGCUACUAGAAACCUGUGAGCGACGGGAGAUACUGUGGGAUUCUACGAUUACUGGAAUGACUGCUAGGCGGGUCAUGGAGUUUGAGGAGUCUUCGGGCAUUGGGGCGGAGCUGUUGGGACAGAGAGUUAGAACUGUGACCGCUGUUUUGGACGAUGAUAAGGGGGUCAGUGUGGAGCUUGAAUAA